AUGCCCAACGCGAAAGGCAAGAACCAAAGGCACAACCAAGCUUGUGGACGAACGGACGUCAUCCACUGCGAAUCCGCUUUGUCCCCGUCGACGCCAGACUCACGCAACGCUAUGAAGGUUGUCGUCGUCGGCUCCGGCAUUGGUGGUACCUCCGCCGCCUACCACUUGGUCAAGGAUGGCCACGAAGUUGUGCUUCUCGAGAAGAACGCGACGCUGGGCGGCCACACGUACGAGAUGGAGAUCGACGGCGAGAUGGUAGACAUCGGCUUCAUGAUGUUCGGCGACUCGAACCCCAACAUUAAGGAGUGGUUCAAGUCUCUGGGCGUCACACAGCCGAACGGCACGACGAAGAAGCGCAUUCCCAUGAGCCUCACCGUCACGUCAGACGUGAAGGGCGACCUCCAGUUCUCGUCGCGUGCCCCGUUCCAUGGCAGCUUGUUCAACCUCUUCGAUGUUCGUAUCUGGCGCGUACUCAUCGACAUCUACAAGUUUACUAUGGACCUUAUGACCAUGCCGGUGAAGGAGAACAUCACUACGCGUGAGUGGGCUGCCAAGGGCCGCUACUCGGAUGAGUUCUUCCGUCACUAUUUCCUGGCCUUCGUCUCCAUCCUCUGGACGGUGCCCAAGCAAGAUGUGCUGGACCUGCCUGUGACGCAGUUUCUUCGUUGUCUGAAGACACAUUCCAACUCGCUGUACAUUCCGCUGUGGCAGGUGAUUCUCGGUGCGCUGGGACGCCGUACGGACCGCCCGAAGCACCAGUGGUGGUACGUCGGCUCGGGUUACAUUGAGCCAUUCCUUAAGCUCUUUACCGAGGAGUACAAUGGCACGGUUCGUUACAACGCCGCUGUUGAGCAGGUGGAGAAGGGCGGCAAGGCCGUGAUUCUGAAGGGCGGGGAACGGAUUGAGUGCGACCACGUCGUGCUCGCUACCCACGCUGACGAGAGCGCUGAAAUGCUGCGUUGGAGCGAGAAGGCGUACCGCUCGCUCAUGCGUUUCCACUACCACAAGAGCAUGAUGUAUGUCCACCGUGACCCGAUCAUGCUGCCUCCGUCGAACAAGGUGUGGAGCAGUUGGAACGUCUUCAUCGCUGAGGACGAACAGUACAUUUUGACGUACUGGAUGGACCGAAUCCAGCGCCUGAACAGCAAGAAGGACGUCUUUGUGACCAUCACGCCGCAUGACUUCCAGGGCAAACGUCCCGAAUCUGAGCAGGUCAUCUCUGCUUUCCGCUGGGACCACCUGCGGCUUCUGGCGGACUGUAUCCCACAGGAUGAGAUCAUUCAGGAGGAGGGCGUCACGCUCUCCGGAUGCUGGCUGGGGCGUGGUUUCCACGAGGAUGGCUUCGUCGCUGGUCGCUGUGCUGCUGCGAUCAUCCGCAACCCGAAGCACAAGAAGACGCCGCUGUACGAGGACCCCGGCAACGUUCCGGUCCCGCCUGUGCCUCCUUUCGGCAUCCCGCUGAGCAUCCACCUGAUUGGCGCGGCUGUUUUCGGUCUGGUGGGCUACGGAGUUUCCAGGCUGCUGGAGAAGUAA